AUGCACAAUGGCCCCCCGGAGUCCCUGGCCUACUGGCCCGACCGCUCCGACACCGAGGUGCCCCCGCUGGACCUGGGCUGGACCAACAGCGGCUUUUACCGCGGCCUGAGCCAGGUCACGCUCUUCACGCACCCGCCCAAGGAGGAGAAGGCGCCCCACCUGAAGCAGGUGAUCAGGCAGAUGAUCCAACAGGCCCAGAAGGUCAUUGCUGUGGUCAUGGACCUCUUCACCGAUGGCGACAUCUUCCAAGACAUUGUGGACGCUGCCUCUAAGCGCCGCGUCCCCGUGUACAUCAUCCUGGAUGAGUCGGGUGUGAAGUAUUUCCUGGAGAUGUGUCAGGGCCUGGAGCUCACGGACUACCGUAUUCGGAACAUCCGUGUCCGCUCCGUGACGGGCGUUGGCUUCUACAUGCCCAUGGGGAAGAUCAAAGGGACCCUGUCAUCAAAGUUCUUAAUGGUAGAUGGUGACAAAGUAGCCACAGGGUCUUACAGGUUCACCUGGAGUUCCUCUUACCUGGACAGGAACCUCCUCCUCCUCCUGACGGGGCAGAACGUGGAGCCCUUCGACGUGGAGUUCCGGGAACUGUACGCCAUCUCCGAGGAGGUGAACUUGUACCAGCAGCUGAGCCUGGCAGGAGGCGCAGGCAUAUUCGGCCCUUACUCCUCCACGGUGGCUCGCAAGCUCAUCAACCCCAAGUACGCCCUGGUGUCCGGGAGCCGCCACCCGCCGGGGGAGAUGAUGCGCUGGGCUGCCCGGCAGCAGCGGGAGGCGGGCGGCAACCCGGAGGGGCAGGAAGAGGGCAGCGGAGGCAGCGAGUCAGCCCAGCGCCUGGAGAACUUCCUGAAUGACCUGGUCACGCUGGAGCAGGUGCUGCCCGCCGUGGAGCCCAUGCCCUCGGGAGAGCUGAGGCGGAAGCCUGGCAGGCUGGUCUCCCCCCGAGAGGCUCUGGCCCGAAAUGGCAAGGGAGAAGCGCUCAACGGCGAGGCCGCCCAGGCCAAGGAGGGCAAGCGCUUGAGCUCCAGGUUCUUCAGCAUCCGGACCAAGAGGCCUGCAACGCCCAACGGCAUGGCCAGCUCCCUCUCCACGGAGAACUUCGCUGAAGUGGAGUUCAAGGGGAAGAGGACCAACGAGGGCUCCAGUGCCAACGCCUCAGGUAAAUCAAGUCCCAGUCCUGCCAAGUCCAGCAAUUGCGUGAUUUCCUGAGCCUCAGGCCAGUGGUGGACAGGACCUGGAUGCCCCGCUGCCCGUUUCGUGGAGAACACAGGUCAAACCCUGCACCACUUUGCACAUCAGACCCCAACUGCCUCCCGCCCAGCAGCCUCCAUCCUGGCCUCAGGGACCCUGUCUCCCAGACGUGAGGAUCUGCUGCGUCUCCACAAGACUCUCAGUGUCUGGGCAGGGGUCGCUCUUCCUUGUUUACAUGAAGUGGAAGCUUGACUAGUGUCCUCUCUCCUUUACGCCCGACACCCUCCCUCCACGGGGCCAGCCUCGCCCUGCAGGGCCCAGAUGGGUGAGCCCUUAUCUUUCUACCUUAAUGUGGUAGGGUCUCCCGGGCGGCCCCAGCCCCCUGAUUUCUCCUUUCCUGGGCUUCUUGGUGCUUCUGGUCCCCCCAGCAGGUCUGAUGGGAUAAAAGGGAAGAAGACGGGCCUCUGAACUGAAGGUAGAGGAUACUAGGUCAGCUGGGACCCCGGCGACUGUGACCUGCCGGGCGGUCCCUGCAGGCACCUGCACUAGACUCUGAAUGGCGUGAGGAUAAGACCGCCCACGGGAGCCAGUGGCAGAAGUCGGUGCUGAGGGCUCCUUUCCCUCACUCCUCCCCUAGGGGUCCAGACCUCCUGGGCUAUGGCCUACUGUAAGCCAUGACGGUUCUUAUAGUGCCUUUACCUGGGGCUACUCCCUCCCCUCAAUGUGCCUUGAUUUGCAGCCCAAAGCAGGGAGAGCGCUUGGCCAAAGGUAGAUUCUGGUGGCCUGGGAGGCUGGGCAGGAGCGCUAGCCCUUUCCCCGCCCCUGAGAUGGCCCUUCACCCCCUUCACCAGCCAGGACUUAGGGUCCUUGUCUAGUUACAUUUCAGCCAAAGACCAGCCUUAGCCCCCUGCCGAAAGGCAGGCUGUGUAGGGCCCUCGGCCUCUCCAAAGGGCCUAAUUACCAUGAUGCCAGGCCAGCAGACCUGCCUAGAAUCACACUCUACCCUUACCCCACUGUGUGACUGGGGGUCUGAGGAGAGAGUUUGCUGAUGGACACCGGAGAAAUUGCCAAACUGUAAGCUCUGCGAGCAGCCCCCCGCCCCCACCCUGGCAGGUGCUGGGGGUCAGAGCCAGCUCUGUGAACCCUGAAUGCACCAGGCCUCUCACUUCUGAACCAAACUCGUGUCCUGUGUCCUUCCUUCUGCCAAGCCCCGGGGCACCAGCAGCACCGGAGGAGGGCCCAGAUGUCUGCGGAGGCUGGUGUGAGGCCAGCCCGGCUGUGCUGCGGUGAGCAGAUGUCCUGUGAGGAGCAGGAAGUGGCCAGCACAGCGCAGGCAUUGGAGCAGAACCGCGGGUGUGGUGGGGGGGGCGGGGGGGUGCCGGGGGUGAGCCUGGGUCCCAGGCCUCCUCUGUUCAUCCUGAGGGCGGACCCCGACCCACCUCCCUGAGCUUCUGUGAGGAUUAAACACUUUCUGGGAAGUGCUUUCUCACGCACCAA